AUGGGGACAUUUUUACUCUGUUUCCUCUGUUCUCUAUCUUCUUUAUACAUAACUCAAGCGCAAGCUCAAGCUAGAGCUCCCCAUGGACUUAUUUUCGAGAACCCAGUGGCGUUUUCUCCAUCUGCUUACGACUUUUUCCAUCCAAAUACACAUACACCGAAAGCCGUUAAACCUUGUGAUGAAUUUAAUUGCGCACCAGUGUCAGGAUCAUCAGCAUUUUCUACUUCGUCGGCUGUAGUAAGAGCAACACCAGCACAUGAAAGCAAGGAAUCAACAGCAGUACAGGGUAGUAGUGGUAGUGGUAAUAGUAAGAGACUAGUAUUAGGAGCUGGAGGCAUUUCUGGAAUUGUUUUUGCUUUUGUUUUCGCAGUCCUGUCAGGAAUAGGUGUUUAUUACAUAAUAGUUACUCGACGAACUAACAUUAAUCGUUCAAAUUCUGUGCAGCCUGAUUCUGCUUGUUAA